AUGGCCGUGUGUAAUGAGCUCAGUUUUAACGUGGAUCAUGGCUACCUGGAGGGUCUGGUUCGAGGAAUGAAAGCUGGGAUUCUGACUGAGGCAGACUAUCAGAACCUGACCCAGUGUGAGUCACUGGAAGACAUGAAGCUACACCUUCAGACCACAGAUUAUGGCAAACUUCUGUCCUCGCAUGCAGAUGAUCUAACCGUGUCUCUACUGGACACUAAACUGAGGGAGAAUCUGGUGACUGAAUUCAGCUGCCUGCGCUCCAAUGCCCUCCUCCCACUUUCCACCUUCCUGGAUUAUAUCACUUACAGCUACAUGAUCGACAACRUGGUGAUGCUGAUCAGCGGGGCCCUGAAACACAGAGACGUGGCAGAGCUGCUCCCACGGUGCCACCCGCUCGGAGCUUUGGACCAAUUAGCAGCUGUGGGCAUUGCUCGCACCCCGACUGAGCUCUGUUCAACCAUCCUGGUGGACACGYCGCUCGCUCAAUUUUUCCUUGAUGCUACAACAGACACCAACCUGGAUGAGAUGGAAGCUGAGAUCCUAAGAAACAAGCUGUACAAGGCCUAUUUAGAAUCUUUCCACUCUUUCUGUAAGAAUCUGGGCGGUGCUACAAAGAACACAAUGUGUCCCAUUCUGCAGUUUGAGGCAGACAGGCGGGCCUUCAUCAUCACAGUGAACUCAUUCCAGACAGAUCUGGGUGGUGCAGAGAGGAGCGCCCUGUAUCCAUCCUGUGGGAAACUGUUCCCUGAGGGACUGCGCCUCCUUGCCAAAGCAGAGGACGUGGAUCAGGUGAWGGCUGUGGCCGACUCUUAUCCUGACUAUCAGCUCAUCUUUGAUCAGCCAGAACCAGGAUCAGAUUUUAAGACUCUUGAAGACAGAUUCUUUGAGCAAGAGGUGAAACUGAAUGUACUUACAUUCCUGCAGCAGUACAACUUUGGUGUAUUUUACUCCUACUUCAAACUGAAGCAGCAGGAGAUCCGUAACAUCGUCUGGAUCGCCGAGUGUGUCACACAGAGACAGAAGUCCAAGAUACACAACUACAUUCCCAUCAUCCAGGGCAGCAAAUGAAUAAUGCACACUAAACUCAAUGGGCCUCAUGCAAGAACCGUUCGUACGCACAGAUUUGUU